CGUCCCCCCAGAGCUCCAAGAGCAACAUGUCUGUACGGAGGAGGAGGUUCUCUCUGACCAGCAGACCAACAUGCCGGUUCUAACCUCUGUGAUGUCAGCAGCAAACAGGGACCACCAGCUCCUCUCUCACAACUCUCAUGAAGCUGAGAGUCCAGACCAGAAAGGAGGCCAGCAUGGAGACUCAGGACCAGCUAGAAAUGCAGAGCCAGAACCAAAGAAGGGACGACGCAAGAGCAGAAGACUCAGCAACAACGUAGACAACACUAACACCUCAGAGACUCACCCUGAGACUCAGACAGGUAGACAGUCCUUCAUAUGUCCCACAUGUGGGAAAGACUUAAAGUGUAAUUCACUAUUGCAGAAACACCUGAGAAUCCACACAGAGCUCCAAGAGCAACAUGUCUGUACGGAGGAGGAGGUUCUCUCUGACCAGCAGACCAACAUGCCGGUUCUAACCUCUGUGAUGUCAGCAGCAAACAGGGACCACCAGCUCCUCUCUCACAACUCUCAUGAAGCUGAGAGUCCAGACCAGAAAGGAGGCCAGCAUGGAGACUCAGGACCAGCUAGAAAUGCAGAGCCAGAACCAAAGAAGGGACGACGCAAGAGCAGAAGACUCAGCAACAACGUAGACAACACUAACACCUCAGAGACUCACCCUGAGACUCAGACAGAGCUCCAAGAGCAACAUGUCUGCAACUCUCAUGAAGCUGAGAGCCCAGACCAGAAAGGAGGCCAGCAUGGAGACUCAGGACCAGCUAGAAAUGCCGAGCCAGAACCAAAGAAGAGACGACGCAAGACCAGAAGACUCAGCAACAACGUAGACAACACUAACGCCUCAGAGACUCACCCUGAGACUCAGACAGGUAGACAGUCCUUCAGAUGUCCCACAUGUGGGAAAGUCUUUACGCGUAAUUCAACAUUGAAGACACACCUGAGAAUCCACACAGGAGAGAAGCCGUAUGCUUGCAAAACCUGUGGAAAGGAUUUCAGCCGUAGGUUUUCCUUGUCGGCCCACAUGAGGAGCCAUACUGGCGAGAAGCUCUUCUCUUGCAAAACAUGUGGAAAAGAUUUAAUAACCAACAGUGCCUUGAUCCAGCACAUGAGAAUCCACACCGGGGACAAGCCGUUCGCCUGCAAGACCUGCGGCAAAAGACACCACCAAGGGUCUGCGUUGAUAAGGCACAUGAGAACUCACACGGGGGAGAAGCCGUACCCCUGCAAGACCUGCGGGAAAGAGUUCAGGCGCAGGGACGUUUUGAACGUCCACGUUAGAAUCCACACCGGGGAGAAGCCGUACCCCUGCAAGACCUGCAGCAAGAGUUACCAUGACGACUCAGCGUUACAGAGGCACAUGAGAACUCACACGGGGGACAAGCCGUACUCCUGCAAGACCUGCGGGAAAGGGUUCAGGCGUAAGGACGUUUUCAACGUGCACAUGAGAAUCCACACGGGGGAGAAGCCGUACGGCUGCCAGACCUGCAGCAAACGGUUCUACGAGGCUUCCGCGUUAGGAAAGCACGCGAGGACUCACCGAGGACCCGAUCCAGUCUGAAACCAGCUGCUCCUCAUCAAGUUCUAGUGGUUCAGGGUCAAGACGGACGAGAACCCUCAGAAGGUAGAAGCAACGGGCGCCCGGUGGUCUCAGCUGGGAGAGCGGGCGCCCGUCUAUAGGGGUUUGCUGCUCGACGCAGCGGGCGCGGGUUCAACUCCGACCAACGGCACCCCCCCACCCCCAAAAAAAACAAAAAACUAAAUAAACCAUGCCAGCCGAGUAAAACCAGGAACCUGUC